CUUGUUUGCUUGCAGCAAAAAUAAAAAAUAAACGACGCCUGAGAGAUUCGAACUCUCGCGGGGAAACCCCAUGUACUUAGCAGGCACACGCCUUAACCACUCGGCCAAAGCGUCGUUGUUGUGAACACGGCUGAAAUGAUGCCAAUUGUACGGCGUCACUACAUCCUUUUACUUAAACCCAAAUUCUAUUUUGCCUCUCCCGCGAAGAGUUGCCCGACACACCGCAAAUCUGCGCCCUUACCCUAAUGGACAGCGGAGUCGGACGGACCCCUCCUCCUGCGGCGGCGGCGGACGCCGGCGACGAGCCACGGGACGCGCGUGUCGUGAAGGAGAUCUUGCGUUCGGUGGGGCUUGAGGAAGGGGAUUACGAGCCGGCGGUGGUCCACCAGUUCAUGAGGCUCGCCCACCGGUACACCGGCGACGUGCUCGGCGACGCGCUGGUCUACGCCGAUCACGCCGGCAGGGCGUCGCUCCAAGCAGAUGACGUCCACCUCGCCAUCCGCUCCAACGCCACGUUCGGCCACGAGCUGCCGGGCCGCGAGGUUUUUCUUGAAAUGGCUCAUAGCUUGAACAAAAACCCUAUACCCAAGCCCCCUCCCGGAUCAAUCCAUCUACCACAUGAUCAAGACAUGAUGCUGGGACAAAAAUACUUAUGCAUUCCACAAAUGAAGCCAUCGAUUGAUAAUGUUGAGGGAACCAAGAAUGACAACACCGGUGAAACCUCCAAUCCUAAAGUUGCUUCUGCCAGUUGCAACAAUGAAGACCAAACUAGUAGUAGUAAUCAACAAUGUUCUAAGAGGGUUCCCUCCCAACUCAAUGCUAUGGCCGCUAGGGCAGCAAGGCGAUGUAUAAUGAAGAACAGAAGAUCCAAAAUGUCCCAGCCUUGA